AUGUUAUCUUACUUUCGUGAUCGAUUUCAAUACAGUUGGCAUGGUGUUCCCCUGUCCAAAGGGAUCAUAGAAGGCCCCAUAAGUACAAUCUCCGAAUGCGCCGAAGGCCUAGCAGUCAGAGGUCGGCAGGCGUCUUUGGAAUACAAUAAAGGCCCUUCAAGUCAGACGCAAGCCUGGUCGAAACCGAUAAAGUACAAGCCAAGUGAAUACGGUAAGUUAUGUGGUUACAGAGUAGCAACCGGUUUAGCGCAAACAAAGAUAUUUUUGCAAAUAACCACUGCUUGUUUCUUGUCUAUAUUGUUUCCAAUUUAAAGACAAAUUCCGUCGAAAAAAUGUUUUUGCUGUCCGGUCAUUUAUAAAUUUUCGGUACAUUUGAUGCUAUCGGGUUGGAACGAAAGGGCGUCUGAUUUGCGAACAGAGGACAACGAACAGAAUUUGGCGAAACAGUACCUGUUUUUGCCUACAUGACAGGGAAUAUUGGUGCUGUCGAGAAGAACAACCUGCAAAUUAACUUCAAGUGUUGCUCUCAAUUGAUGAAUCGUGCUAAUUCUGGGUUGGGUGCUCUAAUGCGCGUCAAAAUACUACUGUCUAAUCCGGUGUUGUGCUGCCUAUCGACUGGACUAGGCGUUCAUUUUUGGGGUAAUUCAGGAGCUUGCUUAGAGCAUUUCUAGUAGGUGGCAUAAAAUGCCCGAAUUUCAUCGGAGGACGCUUUGCUUAACAGGGCUUAACAAAAUACCUCACGAGAUGAGGAUGCUAUUGCUAAACUAAUAGGUAACAAUGAGGAGCUGCUACGUUAGGAAAGCUAAUUGUUUAAAAUGAGGAGUAGCGACCUUAGAAGCAAUUAUUCGAUCAUUGACGAGCACAUUUAUCAAAGAAACCUAAGGCGGCCGGAUUAUUUAUCGGUGUUCAAGAGACUAGUUUCAUUAUGCCGCCAGUACAAAUCAGUGGGCUACUAUUCAACGCACUUAUUUAGCGAUUUAAGCGCUGAGAUUGAACACUUUUUGUGCUUAAUUAACAAACAACCUAACGCGUUACAGAGCAACGAGAAGUGACGCAGAGAAGAAGAUACUGACGUAAAAAUCCAGAGAGACCCAGAUCGCUAUUUUUGGGUAGGGAGAUUUUGCACCUUCUAGAGGAGUUGGACCAACAUACGACCCGAUCACGCGUCGGCGCACGUUAAUGGGCUGCGCACUCAGAACAAGUGUCAUACGAGGGAUGUGCGGUGACAUGUCCUGACGCGAGAUUGCGCCGCCCAACAUUUGCGCCCGAUCCUGUCUUAUUUACUUGGCCUUGGCAGCGGACCCAGCUGGGUGAGGAAAGAGAGAGGGCUGUAGGUGCGGUGAAGGUGUGUUCUCGCCGUAAACUAGUUGUCGUACAAGUCACUGUCUCCUCGUUCAGCAUUAUCUGAAAUCCUCGGCAACGACGGUCGAAGUGCCAGCCUGAUUUAGAAAAAUUUUCCCAGACAUUACUAAUAAUUGACAUACAACAUUAAGAAAUAUCUUCGAGAAAGUCUUUAAUGAAAUACAUUACAAGAUGUGGAUAGUACUCUUUGGAGAAUUGGAAGAAGAAGAAGAGGGGAUGCCACAUCAACAUCGCAUUACACUCCAUUGUCAUUAAUGCAAUUCCUUAUGUUGUUGCAUGAUUUCGUCGAAGAAAUCUACAACUGUCAGCUUCACGCUUCCUGUUAAGAGUAACUGUCUCUUGAUAUCGUUAGUGUCGAGAAAAGUACUACUGUUCUUAGCCCUGAUUUGGCGGUUUCAAUACCGUUAUAUUUGAAAGAUUUUACUAAGAAAACACAUUGAGCGCCAAGCCAGACCACGUAGGAAUGUUGAGUAUUUGUCACCGAAUUAAUUUUAUUGUUGAUACAGUUCCAGGAACCAGAUUACGAGAAGUAGAAGCGGGUGCUAAAACAAUUGCUUUAUUCGCCCGACGUUUCUGAUUCUCUCUCUCACCCAUCAUCAGAAACAGUAGCACAAACGGGUGAUUAAUGCACAGGGAGUUUCGGUAUUUAUAGGAUGCGGUCAAUAUGCUACUGCACACCUAUGAUAAUUAAUCGCAUUCCGCUUUAUCGAGAAUUGUUGCCCGCUGGUGAGCUAAUUGCUUGAUGGCCGACAUGCAAGUUGUUAAUUCCGGAAAUCUCGUCACCCGUGUUAGAUGCUGGCAUGAUGAUUGCUCGGCUCUCCGGCUCACCGGCCUGCGAGCACCCCGAAUGCUUAAUUACUUUGGUCAGAAUAUGGCUCAGCACGGAAUAUGGAGUGAAGAUGCCGUUGCCUUGUUGGUAGACCGAGAUCCCACGAAGUAUGACUCAAGUAACUCGCGGCUCACGCGAGUAUCACCUCUCGCGAGAAUGUCGGUCUGAUUGAACUUAAAUGUGCGGCUGGAUCCCGUCACCCAUCAAGCAAUUAGCGCACCAGCGGGUAACAAUUCUUGAUGAUGGGAAGCGGAGUUAAUCAUAAUACGCAUGCGGUGGCAUAGCGACUGCAUACUAUAAAAACUGCAACAUUCUGUGAAAGAAUCACCCGUUUCUGCUACUGUCUCCGAUGAUGAGUUCAAGCGAGAAUUCGAAAAGUCAGGCGAAAAAAGCCAUAGUUUCAUCGAUCGCUUCUAAUUCUUAUCAGCUCAACUCUGCGCGACGUAUAAACUGGAGUCGAUGGAAAAGUAGCAGAGACAGCUACUAAUGGAUGCUGUCAUUAAUGAAUGAAUGGGAGUCCCAUUGUGAAAUAGACACUUAUGACUUGUAAAUCGUUCUUAGACUGACCCGCUUCGUCAUGGGGAGAAAGAAAACAAACCUCCAGUCAGCGGUCAGCAAAGCAAAAUCAAAUCUUUAAAAACAGGACGGAUGGCCUGAUCAACACAGAAGAUUAAGUGUAGUUGUACAUAUUCCUAACCCGGAACAUUGUAAAUAAUUAUAUGAAGGUAGAUCCAGUUUAUCCCUACCGACUCGUUCUUUUUCAAAUAGUUAAGAUCGGGCACAUUUUUUACAGGCAAAAAUGUAGUUAAAAACAAAUUUUGAGAUUUUUUGCUGGCGUUUUUCAUUCCAUUCGAUUCCAUUGUAUCCGCCACCUCACGGGGAGUAAUGUCACUCGAUUAUUAAACAAACAAAGAGACACUACUCAGAUCUGACACGAGGUUCGGCGCAGUCUGCGCAAACCGAACAAAAGAGCUCUUUCAUAAGUGAUAGAGGGGGGGGGACGACUUCGACUACUUCGUUUUGGAGGAACAUAUUCUGAUAAAGACAGACGAAUGCAAAUGUAUUCAGCUCCGUGAAUCCCUUUGUAUCCUUGUUGUCAUCGAGAAGAAGGUUGUAGCUACGGGCUUUGCCGUCCCCGAGAACAGCCUCCAUCAAUUGAGCGCUAUUUAACCCAAAAAUCGUCGGUGAACAAUAGGAUAUUUGGUUUCGAAAAAGAGGAAGAACCGGGACUUAUAGAAAUAUACUCUAUCGUCAUCCUCACAAAAGUCAAACAGACAUGUCUCUAAUGACGACAUAUGCUACUUCGCGAUAUUUAGAAACGUGUGAUUUGGAUUGAUACCUCUUUGCAAAAUAACAUGGAAAUAUUUGAUACAUUUAUCCGACUGUCAUCUACCCUGCUCUGGACUAGUUAAUUUGCAAUAAUAAAGUAGGAAAUCAGCUUCCUCGGAGUAAAAAAAUAGAGACUUUAUACAAGCCGGGACAAAUAUGUGUAAAAUAGUUGCCACUGGAGAAACGCCGAUGUAGGUAAGGCUACUGAGACAGUGCUCAUAAAUAAACCAACAGAACCCCACCAAGACGCGCAAAAUUUACCCAGCUCUUUUUUUGAAAGACAGGCAAAAAAUUUACGGGGACGGCAUCGAUAAAAUAAGAAGCAAGAUUAUAAUGUGCAAUUCAGAAGAGUACAAUUUUAGUAACGCCAAGCCAAGAAUUUUUUUGCAAAAAAAUGACACCUUAAGUAUGCAAGCCUACCAAAUGUGCCGUGCCUUUGGGUAAAAGUAUCCGAAAUGUUCGUUUCCUAUAGUUCUGAUUUAAUGCUCGGGAGUUUACUCCCAAGAAUAUCAGUUAGUUUUUGAACAGGCGCGAAACAAUAUCGUUUUAGAAGGGACAGUUGGGCGGUCAUUGCCGACUAUUCCCAUUGUCUGUCCUGAGGCAGGAAUGACGCAGGAACAGUGACUUACGCGUGAGUUGGGUUUAUGGUAGUGGCAAACUUGCGCUGCAUCCAGCAUGGUCUUUCAUCCCCCACCGACCUUGCUCUGAUGGCCUCGGUUUCAAGCCAUAGUCAAAAAAUCUGGCUAGGCGCGGUGAUUUUAAAGCCUGUCUACGCUUGUCCUACGCGUCCUGCCAGCAAAUCUGUUAUCUAAACUUUUACAGAAACAAGAAGGAAGCGUUCAGAAUCCAUCUGCGUAUAGGUGCCGUAGAGACUGUACUAAGGAGGAGCCAUUGCAGCCUGGUUUCCCUAUCUGAAAGGCAAACCGAAUUAUCCUGUGAACUAACAGCCUUCCAAAACGCGACCUUUAAAGCACCCCUGGGUUAAUCUUGAUUUUUCCUACCUGUCCCAGGUACCAGUUCACUGUCCUAGCAGGCAAGCCCUCUAGUACGGGGGCUGGAUGCGAGCGACUUGAGUGGCGUGAACCUGCGCCUGGGUGUGCAACCACCUACCACACAUGUGUGCAAUAUGUCAAGGGUGCGCAGCCUAAAUAACGCAUUGGGUACCCUGAUACAUCUUCCAUGGUUUUAUCGCAUUUGUUCCGUGGAAGUUGCAAGCUCAUAAAUAACAGAAAUUAUAUAUAGAAGCGGAUAUUUACAGUGACUGGGAUGGGGUUUCCGGCAUUUUUACCAUCCUCAGCUUAAAACAUUUAACCCUAGUUCUAGAUAAAUGGAGAUUCGAACCAGGUCUCUCUAGCCACUGAGCGCUAAAAUGUACAGCCCUUCACAAUUAAGACAUGGGUCCGUUGUCUUUAUGGUUGUGAUCAGGAAUACUUAUUAUCAAACAAGAGACGUUUACCAAUCAGAUUGCAUAAUGUGCUUGUUGUCUAGCAAAGACCUAAAAUGUUGUCACUGAGUCAGCACACUCGGUACUGGGAAGAUAUAUCGAUAAGAACAAAAGUGGUUGCGGUGAAUUUGUGUUAAUAUUUAACAUACAGACAACACAGGUACUGGCUAAAUACCCAGACACGCGCGUUUCGCCAAUCGCGUGUCGCCACCUGACGCACCUGAAAAACUUUGGGCUCAUUAGCGGGUCCCCCUGUCUUCACGCGUGUUUUCUGAUAUAAAAAAUUCAUUUUCACUCUGCUUUGUUUGAUGUCCGAGGAAAAUAAUGCGCUAGUUUGGAGGUAAUCCUUUGGAACAGAACUUUUACAAGUACGGUCUGAAAAUUAAUACGAAUAUCUCAACCGAAAUCUGUGUUUGCACAUUCAUUUCCACGAAAAUUAAAAAAUAAAAGGUAAAACUGAAGUCCAUAUACCAGAAAACACAGAAAAAUCUAGGAUGUACCCAUUGAUGGACCGACUCCCUCGCGGUGACGUCAAACAACGACAUAACAUCGGCGUAACAGACGUGUCUGGGCUAUUAUCUAGUAUCCGUGUUGUCAGUUCUGUAAAUAAGUAUCCAAUUCUAUACUACUGGCUGCCGGUCGGCGGUUAUUCCGCAGUAGCUGAUGGAUUUCAGCUCACAUAUUCACAUCAAAUUUGGACCAUGCCUGAAACGGUCUGCUCCGAAGGAUUUACCCCAAGUUCACGAAUUAUUUUCCUCUGAAAGUAAACAAGAAAAAGAGGUUUGGUUGGUUAUUUCUGGUUUAUUAGUAGUCAGAUAAUAAUUGUUAUCCAAAAACUAACCGGAGAUAACUAAAUGUGCGCCAGUGCAGUCAUAUUCGCAGUUGGCCACGUAGCUAGUAGUGCCGUUUGGCAAAAGUGGCUGGUCGUUAGAACUUUGGACACAACUCUAGGUCAUUUCCGACUGUGGUUUUUAAAAUGUUACUCAAGUAACUACCUUAGAUUUUGCGUCGUCAAGCGGUCUGACAGGAUCGCGAAAAGUCGAAUUUUGAGUCAAAACGCUGAAGAAAAUAAACUUGUGAAUUCUGAAGUCUGUACCCACAGAAAGACUUAAAUAGCCUGAUGAUUGGCAUAAAUCUUCAGAAAUAGCGGAUAACUUCAACUUCUCUGAUCGACGCAACGUGCCAUCUAUUCAAGCACAUUUAUGUGGAUCACAGAAAACACUCCGACGACCUCACAUACUGUUUUCCAUCUGUGGUAAUGCAGAAAAAUGCUCUCUUAGGUAGUUGUGAUUGAGCUGAUUAGUUUAGUGUUUAAAGAAUAUAAAAUAGGCCGAUGCCUAUAACGGAUUAAAAUGGUUUAGAGUAAAAAAAGGAGAUCCUUAAUGUCAUGCUUCGCCAGUUGUCACUGCUGCUUCUACAAGAUUGCGUUUGACACAGAAUUAACGGAUUAUCACACCCACGCAAGCUCAUUUAGGUUGAUGACUUCAUAAAACCAUUGAUUCCGGGUUAAGAAGUGCAUUUCGUCUAAACAGCAGUGCAUAAGAGGACAAACACAUAAUCAUGUCAUUCCAGACGAAUUUUGUGAGGGGCUAGAAAGCUUGCAUUUCAGCAACAUAAAACGGCAAGUUUACAUCGGAAAUGCAAAUUUGUUUAAAUUAAUAAAAACCUGCUCAACUAUGAGAAGUGAGCUAUAAAUUUUGUAAACAGAAUGCAAAUUUAGUGGGAAUUUAUUCGGUACAGGUAGAAUUGCCAUAGUGAUGAGUGCACCUGUGAAAUAUUAAAACUUGAAAAAAAGUCAUGCCGUUUGAAAAAAGAAAACUAUUUUUUCUUCGGUAAAAUUGGCGUUACCAAUCACGACUGUAAAUCACUGGUACUUAGUUCGCCUCUAGAAGAAUAAAUUUUAGUAAUUAUAUACUCAUGUAUUUCUUUAAGUUUAUUAUAAAAUCCUGUGCUAACAAGACAAAGAAAAAAUAGCUCAAUUUCAUAAAAGGGUAAGUGUAAUGUAUGAUCUGUUACUCAUUAAAUGUUAAACGGACAUUUGGACUGCCUUUUCGGUCAGUAAGAAUUUGUUAAGUAUGAUCAUCAUGUUGUAUAUCGUGGAACCACAAGCGCGACAGAAUGACGCCUUUUAAGUGCACUUUCACUUAGCCACCUGCAACAAUCUUACUCAGUUAAUAAAUGGCUACGUAAAUAAUAUAAUGUUUUCCGCUUUUUGAAUAUAGCUGUGAAUUCAAAUAUAUUCUACGAACAACAUGAACCAACAGUUUUCCUCUGUUUGUUGUACCAGUUUAUAUCUUCAAAGAUUUAUAUCUAAAAAAGGUCAACACUGGACUUUUAAAAUAGCUUGUAAGAUCUUUUAUGACCUUGAAAUAUUUAGUACUAUAUCAUCGCAUCUGUCCGUUUAAUAAUGUCGUUUAUGAAAUGUGUAUCAUGGCCCACAUCCAUUACGAAAUUCUGUGAGUCCUAUAUGAUGUCUUCUAAUUGGAAAACAUGUGUGUCUUGCCUUUUCUACGUGGAAACUAUACACAUUUUAGACUUUAAAACCCGAAGGCAAAUGCGACGACAGACUUGACUCAAAAGUAUUCGAAAAAUGGUGAAUUCUUUUGAAACCUCUAUGCGUCCUUUCUUUAUGUAAAAAAAUUGGAGAAGACGUGAAUUGCUGUUAACCAUGCACAGGAAGACAAAAGUAUGUGCAUGGUAUGCUUCAAUUGUACUUACAUUUUAGGGAUUAUUAAAAUAAUUGCAAAAAACCAUGCUGCUUACGCAGCCAUUUGUUACCGAGUGUGAUUUUUGCAGACGUUUCAGUAAGAAAGCAUUCAAAGGCCGGCACCCUGAAGCGGUUUUAUACUUUGCAGUUUAUGAUGCGAGGAGUUCAAUUUGACAGCCCCACUUAACUUACCCCUCUGAAUCCGGAAUGCAGUUAACAAUUCCGAUUGGGAUUUCAUUAGAUUAAUCGUUGACUGUGAUGCAUGCUGUUAUGUUACUAUAUUAUAUAUUAUGUAUACUUUAUAUUAUACAUAGGUAUGAAGUAUACAUUAUAUCAUUAUUACAGUAUUAUAUUAUAUCUGUUUUAUAUUAUAUUAAUAUAUUUUAUUAUAAUAUUAUAUACCAUAUAUUACUAUAGUAUAAUAAGCUGAAGACAGUGUUUUGACGAAAAUAACAUUUUAUCGCUACGAAUGGCAGGAAACGGUCUAGACCUCGGGAUUGACUUGCAACUUACGUCUCUGGACCAACUUUCCUUCCUAAACCGCUCUAACGCCAUAUUAUCCCUUCGCGACCUCUCUCAUUUUCGUACAUUGUGCAUUAAAAUUGCACCAAACUUUUUGGACUUCCUGUACAAUAACUUCUAAACUUUGAAAGCGAGGAGUCGAGAACUCGGCCGACUGGACCCCGCGCUCUAUGUGAGUGAGAAAAACGAGGAUCUCUACGAUGUGCCUUUGGGCCACUUAGGCCGUCUGUGGUUUACCCUCUCCUAUGAUCAAACCAGCGAACGUCUGCACGUUACGGUGCACAAGGCACGAAACCUGCGCUCCCCCAAUUACCGAUCACUCAGAUUUUCCAUCGGCAUGCCGGCGGAUCUCACUGCACUUAGCAUCCUCACACCGGUUCAAACACAAGACUGUCGCGUAAAGUAAGUUCAUGUGGCCCACAAAAAUGCAUUUUCUACUGCACUGUAGCUUCAUAACUGCGUACCGGGAAGGCAUCAGCUGUGCGGCAAUGUAUUCGGUGGAUAUACCCGGCUAAAUGAGAUGAAAUUAGUCGCUAGUCCGUGCAACAAGAUUUUGAAUUCUCAAGGACCUUUUGUUCUUGGGUAAAAAUCAAAAUGUCUGUGUCGCGGACCAGCUGCCGGAAGCCUAUCAGAAAAAAGACUGUCGAUGGUGAUCAGGCGGAUAUUUAAUAAAUUAAGAUUUUCCUGAAGGAGGAAAACAAAUGCCUUUUAGCAUAACCGAGACGAUAAAACAUGACAGGUAGCGAACGCUGGUGCAGACCCUGGGAAAUCUGAAUUGAGGCCACGUGGUGGCGCUGAGUAACAGUUAACGUGAUUAUCUUGACUGCGUAAGAUGCAACUUCUGCUAUUGAGCAUUCUCAUUUAGUCCAGAAAUAUUUCCAUAUGCAGCUAGUUGUCUGCAGAAAAAAAACAGAUAUAGAAGGCUGUUUGGGAGCAAGAUUACUCCCGUUGUUUGGUUUUCUCAGUAUUUGACUGGCAACCUGUAGAAUAUCAAUUUAUGCUGAGGUCUAUAGGCUCAGACCAAUGUUUUAUGUAUGAAUAUUUGGUCCGAAGUCCAGCAGCAAUAAGUUAAUGACCGAGAAAUGUUCAGUAACUGCCGACAUGAAGCCAGUAAUAUAUUUUAAGGUUCAAAGAUACUAGGUCGAUACUAGUUAAAAGCCCAUACGCACGGGUUUUGCCGAUACUCUACCGCUGCAAGGUGCAGCUGCGAGGCGUUCGGAACUUCAGCGAUUCCUCUGGAAUUCCCCGGUUUGCGCCUAUGGAACCGAAUAUAAAUGGAUCUACUCCAAGUCAGUAGUCAUUUUCCUAGCAAAUUUAAAGCAAUAACUGCUAAAUGGAAGUGUCUACCAGAUAGCACACGGGGAAUUCUAUGGUACCCACUGGACAGUCAACCUCAAGCUAAUGUGCCAGGCGGAAGCAGAAUAUUGGUGUAGCACCCGUGUAUGUGUUUUUAACUAGCACCUGUGCUAAUAUUAUGGUACCUUUUGGUGCUAAAAUAUAAUGAGAACUGUUUCAGAUUUAUUCCGUCCAGUAUAUCACUGACCACCGCCUCGUACUAAUGAUACAAACUUGAGGACGGGCAAGGCGCAAAUGAUUCACGGGUGGAAUCUGCCCUAUGGGCUAUAAGUACUUCAUCAAAAAGAAGUUCAUUUGUUUCUUGCUACCCGACAUCCAUCAUCCUUGAUGAUCGAGUAUUUAUUAAAACAUCAGUAUGCGUAGAAUGAUAUCUUGACUUGGGAAGGCAAACGGUAAUCGAAUUGGCGGCAAAAGUCAAAAACAUGCAACGAACUGUCAGGCCAAAUAAAAAAGUAGACUGGCACAGAGCCGGUUUGAGUUUAUUCUGCAUUUAUAUAGUCAGGAAUAAUCCUGUUCACCAUAUGGGAACGCAGUCAUCUACACAAGGGCUGCGCAGAUGGCUCACAGACGGCGACAGUCGGGCCGUUCAUAGGCCUCUUAAGGAAAUGAUAGUUGCAAACACCCCGCCAGCUGGCAUUCGAUGUCAUUGUGGACAGUGUAUACGUUCCUACCCAAAUAAGCGCCAUCCGAGUCAUCGGUCUUUUGAAGGAAACAAAAACCGGAUGUCACAACCAGACAACCAGCAUUCUGCCUACCGUGGUUGUUCGUUCGAGUUCGGUUUGUUUGGAAAAACAGGUAUAUCAGUGUAAAAAACUCUCAUAAAGUUAGUGAAGACUGUUAUAUAAAUAAACGCAAACUGGCGAAGAAGAUUGUGGUAAAAAAUAUUGAACGAAAAAAAUUGAGGACGACAUUCAUCAAAGAUUCCGGUGCAAUAAAAUUGAUAUCAAUUGAGUUUUUCCUGACAGAACCCUCCUUAGGUUUGUGAUUUAUGGUAAAAGAACUGUGCUUUAGUCUUUGGAUUUCGCCGUCCGUAUUUUUAGAAAAACGCUUAGAAGGAAAAUAUGUGUUGACAGCAUAUGAAUUUGUCGACGAUGCACGGUUUACACUGCCUAUAAAAUGAGAAUAUUUCAAAUUGUCAAUGCUAAUUGUAAUGCGGUAGACGUCAAAGAAUAUUAAGCACACAUCAGUUAUUUAUCUCCUCAAACGAAUCGUAAGCCUUGUUUUUAAUUUAAAGUCAAGUUGUGACAUUCCGGUCGUCUCUGCCGGCGUUGUCUAUGCGGCGACCGUCUGAUGAUGGAUUCGAGUGAGAAUCCGAAACUUCAGGCCAAUAAAUUUCUUGUACCAGUGAUAACGUCUUCGUUUUCUGAUGUCUACUGUGCAUUCCGCAGUAGAGUAAGAGGAUCGGCACGGAUUUCCGCGUGAGUUAGUUUGGAGCGAUAGAAGAGUUGUGCAGAAUCUACCGCACCCUCCCUCUUUCCGCUGACAUCACACAGUUAAGAAGACCGGGGGCAGGAACGGGCGCAAGAGGUCGUCCCGGUUUGAACCCGCACCUAGGCGUACCGCCACACGCACUCAUCUACAGCGGCCAAUAACCAGGAGUUUUUGCCUCAAAAACGUGAUGGGAGAGAGGCGACAUAGAUUCGCAACUGACAUUUGUUACGUGUUAUGUCAUAAUCAGCCUCCUAUUUAAGAGCGAUUUGAAAUUUUUCUAUAAAUGCCGUUAAAAUUUCAUACAUAUCGGAAGUCGCCAAUGAGGAUACACCAUGAGAAGAACAAAAACCUUACGUUUACUUUACGUUCUCUCACCUCUUUUGUGUAAUUUCAUGCGUUUCGAUUGUUGAUUCUUCUCAAGCUUUUGUGACGUGUCGGUCCUCCGACUUAACGUGAGUUACCUGUUCUUUCAUUUUUAGACUCUACCUCGAGAAUGCCAAAAAGAAAUUCCAAACCUCCUCCACUAAAAGGCAAACAAAUAACCCAACCUUCGAGGAGUCCUUUUCCUUUCAAGUAAGCUUCACCGUCUCCUUUGCAUGCAGUCAUCGCUGCUGGAAAACAGGGUUUCAACAGCCAAACGAACGAUGCUCGCUUGCAGUUGGUUUACUAAGUAACCGGAAUUUGUUUUGUCUACUUUAAUGCGAUUUAUGUCGGGGAAAUUUAAAUAUUUGCUGCGGAACAGGUGGUCCUGAAUUUUGGGCACGCUCUGAGCGCACCUAGGCAGGGAUUGACAGGCAAAGAGUAGAAAUGUACAACGGUGUGUACCCCUCAAUAUGCGCCGGAUACACAUUCUCGUGUCCAGACUUCAAACCCAGCCCAAACUCUAAAUCCCCUAAGACUAACUCAAAGGCUAAUCUUAACCAUCUACUGUAAUACGUGGAGGGAGGUCAUAUUCCUGUGCUAUACCGCAUUGAAAUCCAGCGGCCCUUGUAUACUGGAAAAGUCUGAGAGCCCAUCAUAACGCGUUUAAUAGUUUUGACCGAAGAACGCAUCAAAUGCAUUAUGUAAAUUUUGCUACCCAAGGAUGAAAUGUGAAUUCUUUAUCGUUUUUGACCACUCUACAGCGAUUUUUAUUGAUCGACCGUACGUCGUCACCGAUCGGCUCAAACAAAAAUAACAAAAAGACCCUGCGUCUGGCAUGCGGCAUAUCUAUCGUUGAAAAAAGCACCAGGGGCUAAAUAUAUCAUCUGUUUUCAAACAGCCCACAAAGAACAGCCAGUGUUCGUCUCUAUUUUCAGCUUACGUUUUGCGUCGUCAACAGACCACACCUGAGACGGUAAAUUUAAAAAGGGUCAAGGAAGUGGAUUGGAAAAGCAAUUUUGCUCAGGAAAAAUCAUUCAAUCAAAUAAUAUCCAAAUUGUCUGUACGACGGAAAACAUUAUUCUAUCGUUUGAUUCGAAAAGGUAAAUUUACAUGAGUCCUAAAUAAUCCUGCAUGUAUUUUAAAGCACUGGAUUUUAGUAUACUGUAGGAAAAGCACGUAUGUAGUUAGGUACGAUAUCAAGCACGAACCAAAACGUAGAUGUUAAUGUUAAUAAAAAUCAGAGUUGCGAAAAUUUCCAGUAACAAAUUCAAAAAAAAUUUGGCGAGCAUACUUCAGCUUUCGUUAAAUCCUCUUUAGGUCUAUAUAUUUAUAUUUCAAUCAAAAUUAUUAAAAGGCAAAUGCCGGCAGGCGGAAGAUAUUUAACUACAGAAUAACUCCUACUUGCCAGCGUUUUCCUUUUAGUCAUUUUGAUAGCAAUAUAAAUAUACAGGUCUGAAGAGAAUUUGUCGAAAACUUACGUAUGCUCACCAAAUUGUCUUUUAAGUAAAAGCAGGCUAAUCAUCGCGAACUUUCGGCAAAACGAAAACAAUUCCAUGGAAACAGCUAAAUAAAAAAUGUUCGGCGAGUGAAAUCGAAAUCUUAUCCUACAAGUCUUUCUGAUUUACACUCGAACCCAUAAUUUGGAGACUGGAACAGAUACGCAUUGAUAGGCAUGAAAAAGUUCAAAUAUUUGUAGAAUUACUCUACUAAACAACAAGGGACCUCGCCAAAUCAACAGCUAACACAAUUGCUCAACACCAAUGACUGCCAGAUUUUCUCCAUCUGAGUCCUUGGUUGUGCAAUCGGCACUCCAACAACUGGAUGGUUUGGAUGCAGACGACUCACGGCGCGCAUCUAUCGGGCGGCGCUGUGUUUGCAAAUCCCACAGUCAGUCUCGUACAUACGUGUGUGUGUGUUUGUAUGUGGCACGUGGGCCCUCCAAAACGGACCGCGUAUUAGAUGCAGUGGAAUAACACGGGGUCACAUUGAAUUUUGGCAGGCUUUAUCUCUACGCAAUAACAAAUGCCAACAUCUAGGGGGGGCGUGGGCAGACCCUGUUGUCGGCAGUCGUCGCACAACUGGGACCAUUGUCAUCACCCCAUUUCUUGUGGGUUAAAAUCCUGGCCACUUGUUGAGAGGAUCAGGGGGUGCGGAGUGGAGCGUCAAGGUGCGGACCAGUCCAAGCUAUCCGACUGCGGCCUCCCUCAUCUCCGGUCUUCUUGAUUUUGUCUUAAAGCCGGGCUCAGGUGGGGGAGGAAGAGAGAGUGUGGUAGAUGCAGCGCAAGUCUGCCGGCACUAUAAGCCUCAGCACAAGUCACCGUCCCUGCUCCCACUACCUCUUGUGGUGCACACGGUGGACGUCGUCGGAAUCGACGGUUUAACUCUCGUAUGUAGCCCGUCUUAGCCGUCGACCAACAGACGCUUCGUGGAGCCCCAAUGCGCGCUGCGCAGGCCUACAAUCGCUUUGACAUUGCAUUUCCACUUCAUCCGAGGACAGGAAAAUAGAACUCCCGUAAUACAGGCGAACUUGCCGUAAAUGCCAGGAUGAUUAGCAUUAGGGCGAAGGUUAGGGUUAAAGUUACGAUAAAGGUUAAUGUCAAAACUAUGAUUACGCAAGGCCACCUCUGCUACCUGGUGUCCCUGCCUCCCUUACUGAUCCCGUCUAGCAAGGUGGGUGAGGGAAUUGAGCAUGUUCUGUAAAUGCAGCUCAUAGCUGGCCCACUCCCAGGGGCGCGCGGUCAACGUUUCAACAGUGAUGGUCAAGAAGUCGCAUUAGCUGUUGGAAUACCAUUGCCAAUGUUGGUCCAUUGGCGAAACAUAGAGGACUUGCCAAAUAUAAUAGACAGAUUUUUACUUAACACGUACAACCAAUUUGCGUUUCGCAAAUAUUCCCAUGUUACAAUUGAAAAGUCAAGUUGGCGAACGCAUGUUUUCGGUAAUUCUUCCUCAGGCCAAUACAAUUACAUGAACGAAUGAAAAUGUACAAAAUCAACAGUGUUUAUAGAUGCCUCAAGGGCUAUUAUGUCACUAACACUCAUCAUCCCCACGCCGCCCGCAUGAGAAGGCCGGCGGGUGUUAGUCGUCAGAGCUAGCGGAGGAGGGUAGGAGAGUCUUUGAGUAAUGAUCUUGGGUUGAGUACACGGAGUACCCCUCAUUGUGAUUAGGGAUUUGAGGCGGCAUGGCAUAAUCGCUUGGGGUUGGCGUUGGCCACGGCAGCGAAAGCGCUUGUGUCAGAGUUUUCUGACAGCAUAACACCGGAUUCACUAACCGUAUAGCUACGGCCUCUGCCGUUGCUAGUAUCCGUUGGCGUAGGCCUUUAGAGAAGCAUGUUGGUGUCCGGUAGACAACCUGAAAUGCUUUCUUGGCAUCGACUCGGUGGUUCGUAUCGAUUAAAUGCGCAAGAAUAGAACUCGAAAUCGACCGGGUCUCACCUCUGUCUAGCCAGACGGGCAUAUGUUCACGCACCCUCUUUACCAGGCGUCUCGUUGUGCGGCCGAUGUAUCCUGCUCCACAGGAGCAAGUGAAUGAAUAAAUGCACAUUGAUGUGGCCUCCAACGGUAGUCUGUCAUUACCUCCCAAACGUAGGAGGGGAGAGUUUGUGAGGCAUACGCGUAAAUUCGCCGCAGGGAAUGCCCUCGUGAUAGCUGUAGUUAAGCGCCGUCGAACUUGUUUGCUCUCUGCGUCUCUAGAGCGUAGAGGUACUAGCUCUUGGCCCUAAGUUUUGUAUUGCACGGCGGAUGCCGAAACAAUUAGAGCAAGAAAUCCAAUGUGGGAGUCCCUUUAGUCAGACUGCAGAUCUAAAACCCACCGAAGCUAGAGAAGUUGAUUGUCUUAAGUCGACUCGGGUUAACUGCUGCCAACGGUAUCUAAGGAAGUUCCCGAGAAACAAGGGUCCCCUGAAACGGGCUCAUAUCGAUAGCCUUACGGAGUUUCGUUAAAAAAAAAACAUUGUGCUUACUAGACCGGAUACAGGUUCAGGAGUAGUACUGAUGGAUAGGACGGAUUAUGUGGCGAAACUAGACGAAAUACUGUCGGAUCGUUCCAAGUUCUCAAAAUCUGAGAAAGAUAAGGAUCGCACGGAGGCUGUCGAGGGUCAGCUGACGACUUUUCUCAAAGAUCUCUGCAAAGAAGGCCAUUUGUCUAGCAAAGAGUAUGAACGACUGAGACCGGUGGGCUCGACAAUACUAAGAAUGUACAGCCUUCCAAAAAUUCUCAAACAAGGGCCGCCUCUGCGUCUAAUCUUGGAUAUGAGGAAUUCGCCCUAUCAUACCGUUGCAAAAUGGCUAGUGGAAAGACUAAAGCCAUUGCAAAGUUACCUAUACCCUCGAAGUUUAAAAGACUCCUUUGACUUCGUCGAAGCUAUCAAAAAUAUGAACUUUGGGGUACGGAGGAUGUUAUCACUGGAUGUAUCGUCGCUGUUUACCAACGUAACCGUGGCAGAAACAAUAAAUUAUCUUUGUGAUGUUAUUUGUGAUGCGAACUACGCCAUAGACAUGCCUGUGAAAACGCUAAAAGAACUACUGACGCUUUGCACACAAAAUGUCCAAUUUCUGUGCAAUGGUCAAUUAUACAGGCAGGUAGAUGGUGUGGCAAUGGGAUCACCGCUUGGACCGUUCCUUGCAAAUGUUUUUAUGGGCAAAGUCGAGAAAACAAGCUUGCAAGAGACCAUUAAUGGCCUCGCCUUCUACCGUCGGUACGUGGACGAUAUCUUCUGCCUGACGGAUGGUACCACCCAUACCGAGGAGCUUGUCCAUAAUUUCAACAGUGCGCACCCCUCGCUAAAGUUCACUGCAGAGACCGAGGCAGCUAACCAACUUGCCUUUCUCGAUGUCCUUCUGCACAGGCAAGAGGAUGGGUCUAUCCAGCGCAGGGUGUUCCGAAAGAAAACCUGGACGGGACAAUACGUUAAUUUCCACAGUUUUGUCCCCCUAAACAUCAAACGGAAUUUAGUCCAGGGAUUGGCGGCUAGAGUGAGACGCAUCUGCUCACCUGAAGCUAUUGAAGAAGAACAUCAACAGCUGCGGAACACACUUCGGGAGAACGGAUAGCCAGAUAGCCGUGUCAGGGGACCAUUGUUUCUCGGGAACUUCCUUAGAUACCGUUGGCAGCAGUUAACCCGAGUCGACUUAAGACAAUCAACUUCUCUAGCUUCGGUGGGUUUUAGAUCUGCAGUCUGACUAAAGGGACUCCCACAUUGGAUUUCUUGCUCUAAUUGUUUCGGCAUCCGCCGUGCAAUACAAAACUUAGGGCCAAGAGCUAGUACCUCUACGCUCUAGAGACGCAGAGAGCAAACAAGUUCGACGGCGCUUAACUACAGCUAUCACGAGGGCAUUCCCUGCGGCGAAUUUACGCGUAUGCCUCACAAACUCUCCCCUCCUACGUUUGGGAGGUAAUGACAGACUACCGUUGGAGGCCACAUCAAUGUGCAUUUAUUCAUUCACUUGCUCCUGUGGAGCAGGAUACAUCGGCCGCACAACGAGACGCCUGGUAAAGAGGGUGCGUGAACAUAUGCCCGUCUGGCUAGACAGAGGUGAGACCCGGUCGAUUUCGAGUUCUAUUCUUGCGCAUUUAAUCGAUACGAACCACCGAGUCGAUGCCAAGAAAGCAUUUCAGGUUGUCUACCGGACACCAACAUGCUUCUCUAAAGGCCUACGCCAACGGAUACUAGCAACGGCAGAGGCCGUAGCUAUACGGUUAGUGAAUCCGGUGUUAUGCUGUCAGAAAACUCUGACACAAGCGCUUUCGCUGCCGUGGCCAACGCCAACCCCAAGCGAUUAUGCCAUGCCGCCUCAAAUCCCUAAUCACAAUGAGGGGUACUCCGUGUACUCAACCCAAGAUCAUUACUCAAAGACUCUCCUACCCUCCUCCGCUAGCUCUGACGACUAACACCCGCCGGCCUUCUCAUGCGGGCGGCGUGGGGAUGAUGAGUGUUAGUGACAUAAUAGCCCUUGAGGCAUCUAUAAACACUGUUGAUUUUGUACAUUUUCAUUCGUUCAUGUAAUUGUAUUGGCCUGAGGAAGAAUUACCGAAAACGUGCGUUCGCCAACUUGACUUUUCAAUUUGCGUUUAUUAUUUUCUUUUAUUGCUGUUGCUGAUGAUAAGCCGCUGUGGUAACUCAAAACUUUGGACGAAUAAUACUCGUUUUGAAUCGGUUUUGUCUCCUCCAGAGUCGUACCUGUCUCUUAACUGCAAAGGGAUCGAAUUCUUAAGUCCGCAGUAGGUACAUUGCGCCCGUAAUUUUGCCGGCAUUUUAAAUCCUUACCAGUGAAUCGUCUAACCUUGCUCCCACUUAGUUGGUCAUGUCCUUUUGGCUGGAAUAAUUAGGAUUUCCACGCAUUUCCCGCAUGCAACCAAAAUCGUAUGACAUCUGCGACAAGCUAAACUGUACAAAAACAGAUACUAACCAUGCUUUUCUCCCGCCAGGGCACGCUCUGUGAGCGAUGCUGUACUACAGAAUAAGUGCUGCGGUCACCGAUUUGUCCGUCAUACUAGAUAAAAGGGGGUUAAUUAUCAUUUUUUUCUGAAGUUACUGGUGGUCGCCUAGGGGUGGGCGGCAAGCAACGUAUGAAUCGGAUUUAUCACUCCUGGCAGGCUUGUUGCUAGUCGGUGAUGCGAUAUCGCGGGGUAGUAUAACUUCGUAAGGGAAUUUGGCGGUUAUAUCGAACGUUCCGCCAGUUGAAUCGGAAGUCAUGUCUUGCCGGUUAUGAUUGUUGUUAUAGGCCGUCGUCAAUAGUGGCAUCCUUUGAUCUUUCCCUUACUAUCACAAAUAGCUCUAGAGUCACAGCAUACGGCGACUGAUGCCGUUUAGGGUCAUCUGAGACAAUAAAAAGAUAUUUUGAGUCGCCUAAGGAUGCAGUUCUAUUUAGAGCAGCCUUGCAAACCCAAAUUUCCCUAUAAGGUGGGACUUAGGCGAUUCUAGAAAACCGACGACUCCAUAAACCCGGUUUAUAUCAAUAUAACGUUUAAACCUAAGGGAUGAUUUUUGGGUUGGUGUGCAAAUAUCAAACACACAAAGGCAUUUCCUAUACAGUUGCUGCAUAAAGAAUGUAUGCGUAGGUUCUACAUGCGUUUCACGUGCGAAUAUUUGAGUAAGACACCGAGAAAAGGUGAAUUUCCUCGGAUUUUUCGUAAAUGCUGUAAAGCAAGCACGCAUCGCAAACUGAUAAAUAGAUAACCAUAAUACAAAUACUGGAAGACAGAAUGUUUAAUGCUGUCACCGGUUUUUGACAGUGUUCUUAAGGUGUUCAGCAAUCGAAAAACCGCAAAAGCUCUCAAAUUGAUGGAUGGGCGCAGUAAGGUCUUACUGCAUUAAACAUUUAGCAGCAUCAGCAGCGGCAGCUGGCGCGCCCCGAUCUAACAUCUAUACGUUCUCGUCCAAUCAGUCUCUCACCUAUCUUCUCAAUUUCAAAUUCACCCCUAUGACCGCCGUACCAAAACUAAACCACCUGCCCUCUCCUCCGCUCAUUUUAGAUACCAGUUCACGAGCUUCAGAGUCAGUCCAUCCGGUUCGAGGUUCUGUCGGUCGAGAGAACCAAACGCAGCAAAGUGGUCGGCUUCGUAUCCUUCCCACUGUCCGCCUUGAAGAACUCCGAAUGUCAGUGGCAGCCGUUGCGGGUCGCACGGGACCUGCAACUGUACGAACUAUCCAGUGUGAGUCAUCAACGUUUGAUGGGCCAGGACCUAGGUCGAAAUGCUUCAAACAUUUUGCUAGUCAGCAUAUAUAUCCAGCGGGCGGACAGAAUGCGAUCGAGCGAGAUUCCAAAGUAAAAACUGCGGAUUAGGGGCUUCCUGAACCCGUUUAGAUACGUAUGCUGAAAAAGUUGUCUGCCUCUGAAACGUUAUAUUUUUAAUGUACGGUGGGUGAGCUAACUCGUAAAAUGUCAACCGAAAUGCCGAUAUGUUUUCAUUCGGAAAAGAUUAAUCAAGUAUGGUUGUAAAACUUAUCAUCUUACAACAUAAUUUUAUAAUCCUUCACUUACUUCAGAUCGCCGCCUUUCGAACAAAUUUCUUUCCGAAUGCAUGCAAAAGUAUACUCUCUAAAAAUGACUACUUAUGUAGCAUGCAUUCUUCUCAGUGGUUUUCGGUGUCCCUAAAAUUCCAAUUAUAUUUCAUGGAAAAGACGCAUAAAAAAUCAACUUUUUGCUGAUUCGGUAGAAACUUACGUCUUUUUCCAACGUUAUACUCCAAGAUAGGGCACAAUUUGGUUUAAAAUAGUUUCGUAUUGUAAAAUUAUUUGAUGCUGCUAAUCAACGGCAAUGCCUCUACAUUUAGCAGUGUGCAUCGUAAAGUUAACAAUAUGGCUUAAAUCCAAUGCAAACUUUUAUGAACCCCAUAUGGCCUCCUCUUAAUAUGGUAUAGAAAUAUAUAGUUUUCUGUAAGCGAAAAAUGUAUGUUUUGUUGCUUUGAAACCCUGAAUACAAGCGUUGAGUCAGGUCGGGUUCAAAAUUAUUAGGGAAUUGGAAACGUUUUUAAAAAUUGAAUGAUACUCUUUCUUCACGUAUAAAAUGUAAGAACACUCUACCCCCUACCGAAAGGACAAAGAAAUGAAUAUUUCUCUACAUGUCUCCCUUGAAAUAAAAUUGAAUAUUUAACGGCAUCCAACAUCAAUGGGAAAAAAUGCUGGCAAUAUAAGUGGUCGUUUUUGACAGAGUGUAGUUUCUGCAUGCAGCCGGAAUGAAGUUCGUUCGAAAGCAUGCAUCCUGAGGUAACUGAGUUAGCAUAAAAUUACGCUGCAAGAUUAUCAGUUUUACAACCCCACUCAGUUAGUCUUUGCUAGACGAAAACGCAUUUCGGCAGUUACGUUGGCAUUUCGCGGGGUAGAGCAUCUACUAAAUUACUGCAUGCUUUUAUAUGCCGCAUAACAUUAUCAGCAAAAGCAAGGGAGGCUGAGAUAAUAUUUUCUGGCGUCUAGACUGUCAUCCACUAGCCAUACUUGACCUCGAGGUGUGAAACAACUUCAGAUGUGGUCUUUCGCAGUCUGCUGGCUAGAAGUCAAACUACCUAUCAUUUUGGCCAUGAGAUCAUUGCCCCGUCGGCUGCAAUUGGGUAUAUUAAUAAUGGCAGAGGGAUGCACAACGAUCAGGACUAGGAACAAGGGGACGAAUGAGUUCCACAAUGGGAAGGAACGAAACCUUAUUGAGUAAAUAUUCCGAGGUUGUGUAAAUUUACGAACAAAAAAUUGGCCUCUCACCCACACCUGGCAGGUAAGAGUUCAUAACACCUGUCUGAGGUCUACAUGUGUACUAUAAAUAUCGGAGAUUCCUUUGUCUGGGGUAAAAUUUAUCUUCGGCGUCUGCCGUCCUAAAACAGGCACAACGCUUCCUGACGUCUGGUACUCAGAUGAGUCAUGUAGUAAUCGCAAUCCUGGUUUCGAUGCCGCGGACAAAAAUCCUAGGAAAAAUCUAUAUAGCAUUGCGCGUAGAGAGGUUGUUUAUUGACGCAAACAUUAAACAGGUACCAAUUUUAAACGAGGCUUGAAAUUCUGACUGUUAUUUGCACAUUUACUUAAUGUCUGCUGUAGGGAAGCUCACCGAUCGUUCUUACGGAAAUUACUCGUUGAAUUGUGUCUCAUGGGCUCUCUCUCGAGCCCAACCAGCAGCCGCACUGCGGCACAUGAUACGGGCAGAAUGGUAUUACCGACAAAGAAAAAGGAGACUGGAAUGACCAUUUUUGUCUUAUUAGCCGUCGUCAGCCAGUCGUAUCCAACUCCGAGGUGUGAAACACCUGGAGCUCGACACCGUGACAUGUUGAUUAGAAGUCCGGCGCCUCUAACCUCUGAGCUACGCGCUUGUUGCCCUGUUGAUUCCGAUCGGGAAUACACAGGGGUAGGAAGGCGCACACCGGUCGUUUUUACGGUACUCAUUAGUCCCGUUGUGCCUUACGGUACUCUCUUAAAACCCAACUAACAGCCGCACAGCGGCGCAUGAUAUGGGUAGAACGUUAUUGCCGACAAAGACAAGGGGGAACUAAAAUGGCUAUUUGCGCUAAUUAGCCGUCUUCAGUAGGUUAUAAUCAUCUGGCCAUAUCAUGCGCCGCUGCGCGACUGCUGGUUUGGCUUCAGAGAGAUCGCUUAAGGCACAGCGGAACGGGUGAGUGCCAUAAGAACGAUCGGUGAGCGUCUCACCUGCAUUGUGUGUUCCUAAUCGCAACAGACAGGACAACGAGCCCGUGGCUCAGUGGUAAGAGGCGGUGGACUUUCAACUAACAGGUCGCGAUUUAUAACGCCAGUGGUUCCACAUCUCUGGGUUAGGUACCACUGGCUGACGACGGCUGAUAGACCAGAAAUGGCCACUCCGAACUUCCUUGUCUCUGUCCGUAAUAACGUUCUACAAAAUAUCUGUCCACGACGUGGGAACCAGCGUCGAAAACUUACCGAACAAGUUUCUAUUUUUCCAAAAGUGCUAACCGACUUUUGGAAAUGGUCGCUGAGGCACACACUCGAAGUUCUUCUUUGCCUAUGCGAUCGACUCAUGCAGCAUAAUUGCGCCCACAACUUUUGUUGUCAGUGGACGCUCUUUCGACUGGCUUUUCGAAGUUCAGUGAUUCCGCGUAUUCCACCGAAAAGGUUUUAAUUGCAUGAACAGGAUGACCAAAAUCAACCAUAUAGUUACAGGUGACAACGAUUGUACAUGAAACUUCGCCGUUAUUCAGCCGGGGCGAGAUGUGUUCAUGUAAAUGUCUGGUAUCAGCUCCUGGGACAUACCUCUAAUCCAUUCCACGGAUAUAGCAAAUAAGUUAUGGAACAUGCAGGGAAUAUGAGCUGGUAUCCUACUCCUGCUUUUUUGGUAGAACCACUUGUAUGAAAAUACUAAAAUUACCUACUUUCUUUUCUUACACACACGUUUAAAUGUGCCUCGUCGCAAUAAAAUUGCAUUUUCCCCAUAAGACAUAAUCCAAAAGCAAACAUCUGCCGGUCCAAUUGUCUUAUAAUUGUAACGUUUUAAACAAGGAAAUGCAUAGGCAUCAAUGCGACAUUUUUCUUAAAUUUUCUUAGUGUUUUUGAGAAAUCCUGUAUGCUGAAACAAACGUUUGCUAGAUAGUACUCCGAUGCUGAAAGAAUAAAGAAGAUUAUUUUCUAAGAAGUCCAGCAUUUUUACACAAACGCGGAAUUUUUAUUUUAUUCUAGGUUUUAAAUUUCGUAGUAUGCAUUUUCCCCCACAAACAUUAUUAUUGCUGUUUAAGUAAUUGUGAAGUCGAUCGCUUGUGGACUAUACAUGCUGCUAGGGUUCAGACUCAUAGAUGAUUUGUAGGAACCUUCUGAUGUGGUCUUUUUCCGUAAAUAAUACUUGCGUGAGCCCAUGGUUCCAGCUGACGCGCGCGGGGCAGCAUUAACACAAUUUACUGCAAUCUUUACUAGGCUGACGUAAAAAAAUCCAUACAUAUAGAGAAAAAUUUAAAUUUGGCACACGCACUUUUUCGAUUAUUUCUAGCAAAAAGUUUGCAGUAAUGCAAGUAAGUUACGGUCGAGAAUAAAACCACAAAUAGGCAAUGAACAGUAGUCAUAGGAGGACGUAAGGGCCUUUAGACAUACCAAUAGCCCAGGGGCAAUUACAAUAUAUUCUGUUGGGUUCUUGGAGAAGGGAAGCUGCUAGUGAAUAGUGCUCGGAUGUAGACGUUAGAGGUUGGGUUGGCCUACCAUAUAGUCACUGCCUUAGUCGACGCAAUUAAUGACUAGUUUUGGAGCUGGAAAUGGUCCGUCCGCAGUUCAAUGUGAACUCAAAAUCCCUAGUUGACAUCUGCUGGGUGAGCGCCGUUAACCACGUCAGCCAUAGUGAUGCUAGCGAUCGACGUUUUUAAAAUGCUUCACUUACAGUGCGUGCCCAAUCUCAUGAAAUGUUGGCUGAAAUUCUGAAAUGCGUUUUCGAUUAGGACGACUAACUUGGUCGCGGUUGUGAUACUCUUAUAAAAUUUUGGACUCGACAGGAUGUCGGCUUUUAAAUGCACUUCUUCUCAAUCUCGUGUAGAAAGCGUGCUUGGUAAAAAAUGGCUACUAAUGUAGCAUGCAUUCUCCCCAUUGACUUUCGAUGGUCUUGGAAAUUCAAAUAUAUUUUAUAAAAUCCACAAAUAAAAAAUAUGCUUUCUUCCAGAAAAUCAAUAGAGAAUCGCGACCUCUGUAUAUUUUAUACUUAAGGAAGGAGCAUAAUUAGGUUUUAAAAACGUUUUCUAAUUGCCGAAAAAUUUGGAGCCUGAUCAUUCGUUGCAUUAGCGCUUAGUGAUUACACUCUACAAGGUGCAUGCGUUUCGCGUAAAGAAAAUCCCAUAUUUUUCUAUGCCAUUAAAGAGAAACCAUAAAGAGUCCAUAAAAUUUUGUAAUGGAUGCGGACCAUUUUAUACUUUCCUAUGUGAAUGUAAAUAUCGCGGUUUUAAAAGUCUCCUAAUUAGAAACAUUUUUUAAACCUAACUGUACUCCUUCCUUAAGUAUAAAAUAUAAAUUAGGCGAUAUUUUCUAUUGAUUGAGUUAAAGAUAGCAUAUUUUUGUUUGUGGUUAUUAUAAAAUAUAUUUGAAUUUCCAAGACCAUCGAAAAUCGAUUGGAAAAAUGCAUGCUACUUAAGUAGUCAUUUUUUACCGAGCACGCUUUCUACAGGAGAUUGAAAAGAAGUGCAUUUAAAAUCCGACAUCCUGCCGAGUCCAAAAUGUUAUAAGAGUAUGCCUUAAGACAAUCAAUAUCACAACCGCGAUUAAAUAAUCUUUCCUAAUCGAAAACGCAUUUCAAAAUUGCAGCCAACUUUUCAUGAGAUAGGUCACGCACUGUAUCCAGGAGGAAUAUCAGGUUUUCGUCCGUUUUGAAAAGCGCCUUAUCUGUCAGCCAUAAUAACCUGCCGCUUGGGAGCAAGUGAAGACGUAAAUGCAAAUUUAAGCAGAUCGAACGGACAGCCGAUCCAGUCUUUCAAAGCUUAGAAUCAGAAUGCGUGAGAAAGUAUAUAGGAUUUAAACGGACGCGUACGUGAUCGCAAUCGCAGUCUUAAAGCUGUUUCGUAGAAGUUCGACUUCUAGGUCUCCCGCCUUCCGAUAAGUUAUUGUGAACAAUAGAUUCUUCAUUUUAAACGUAACCACACCCACGUCUUUUGGGGGUUCUUGAAAUAUUUCAUUAUAAGCCUUUCGGAAAACGUUUUCCUGCACUGUUUUUUUAUAAAGGCGAGUUUGUACUCCAGCUUUUCCAGUGUGCUCAUUUUCCCUAGCUCGGUUUGUUAUUCAACGGAGUAAGCUUAACUUCUGACGUACAGAAACGAAACUUUGAAAGUGUGUAUUUUACACUGCUCACGGUUUCCUGCUAGUCACUUUCUUACUUAUUGUUCUACUAAUUAGAACGUCUAGAAAAGGGCGGCACUGUUUUGCCGCCUAUACCAAAGCGAAUAUAAAUGAUGGGUGAGCUUGGUUCUACUUGUUCACAUGGGUGCUGAUGAAAUUACUCCAUGACGGAUCAGAGGCUAGGUCUAGGUACGCCGCAGAGCAAAAUGAGUCAAUACCACCCAACACAAACCUUCAUCUUGAAAUAAAAUGGAGGGAUUAGUGGUCCUCCUUGGGAAUCUACUAAGCAGAACGUCUUAUGGAACAGUCCAGAGAAGUGCAUUUUGCGAGAAAAAGGGACGGGACGAUACACAGCUCUUUAUGAUUCUAAAGUUUAUCUGUGUGCGUCACUUACUUGUGUUAUUAAGCAGGUUUGAUGGGGAAAAUCGAAAAGGUACGUUCAUAUGUUUUUUUUCGCGUAAAUAUAUUCGCAGAACGCUCCAAAAUAAUUCAAAACUCUGGGCCGGGUUCAUGAGACCUUUCUGGCCUCGCAGGACCGAAAAUAGGCGGCAUCCACUUUGAUGCCGCUGCCAUUAUUAGAAAACAAAGGCUAUCAGCACAGAAAACUGUCUUUAUUCAGCACAUACGGCUGCAAUUUAAACCGGCAGAGGGGAGGAGAACGAGGGUUGUUGUUGUUGUUGUUGUUCUUGUUCCCAGUUGUUUUUUUUCAUCGUAUGUUUAGCAUCUACUAGCCAUUGCCUGCGUGCAGAUGGCGUGGUUUCCCAGCAUUCGUUUAAGACACCUUUUUAUAGUUCUGUCCUCGAGAAUGGGAAACCAGUACUAUCUCUAAAUAAGGUCGAUUAGACAUCCCAGGCGGCUGCCGAACUCCAAUUUAUAUGUCACCCCUCCGUAGGGCUUUUGAAGUAGAGUUGCAGGGGGAAGUCGAGGAGGACAAGAAAAUAAUAACUAGGUGUAAAUACACACACAACACCGUAUAUCCUCAUCUGGUUUGGACCGCCGGUUACGUCGGCUAACGGAACAUGACUGCUAGACAGAGCUUAGCUUCGGGGAGCCGAUAAUGAGGGUUAGGCGUCAGGCAAGAACAGUGAUGAGCAGUCGCUAUUUACACGCUGGGAGCUAGCACUCAUGCACUGUUGCUCCAAACUGGACACCCCUGUGCUCCACAGGAAUCGAAUGCACAAGAUGUGACUGGACUCGCAGAGCAGAAUCUCCGUCCUCGCCUAAGCUCAGUAUCUAAACCUAGUCAAGAAGACCGAAGGCCGGAGGGGGCGCAAAUGGCUGACACUGCCGGGCCCGCACAUAGGCGUGCCAAUAAACCCCCUGGGCCACACAAUAGUUGACCCGGGUUUUAGCCAACAACUAACACACCCCUCUAGUCCACAACAAAAGCGUUGACCAUUAUCUUAACAAACAAAAAGUCCGCCAGAAAGAGAUGGUUAGCACAAGUCAAUGAGCAACCAUGUCUACGACCUGUACAACCAGCGGGAACGCAAGCGCAUCCUACGCUUGGGAGUCAGGUGCCUAAGAGCGGUCAGCGCUCACCAGGCUGUGAUGACCGUGGUUUGCUGAGUCCUGGGAUAGGGGACGCAUAUAGUCCAUUAAUCCAAGAGAGGGUGAGACGCUAACCUGAUUUUUAGCAUGGACAUAUUGCAGAGUCAUUAUACGGACAGCCUGGGACAAAAAAAACGGGCAGCAUAUGAGACCGCCCCUUCUUCAAGUUUACUUAAGUCACACCCAAACCAGUAACCAACACUGGUGGCUGUUCCCUGAACCGUCGUGUGUAAGGACAACGUGUAUACAAUAGACUUAUGAGGUCCGGCCAUAAGGUGUCAACAGCUCCUCAUCCGGUGGUGCCAACGUUUCACCGUCUAAAACAUCUGCAAUCUCAGUAUCGGCUAUUUUUCGGUUAGACCUCCAGUGCAGACUGCGUAAAAUCGGUUUAUUCCUUAAAUAAAGCGAGAAAGUAAAGGUCGAAAGUCAUAUUUCAUAAUUACUGCAAACUAUGUUCCCUACACACUAGCCGUGUGAACCCACUGAAGUAAUCACGUCAUUCGAAAAACAAACAUAAGAGGAUUUCGGAUUAGUUCUUGGCGUCAAUCACUCACUAUCGGGGUUACCAUCGGAUGCUGUCCCAGUCACUUUUCAUGUAAGCGGCGGGAGACUUCGCCUGUCCACAUCUCCGGAUAAGCAAAUGGGAAAGAUUCAAGUUAAACAAUUAACUAGGAUUUACUCGGCCGGUAGUUUAAGUCAAAAUAUAGUAAAUCUAAGUCAUGAGUCAAAAAGGCAAGCCAAAGAGCGAGGUUCUUCUCGUGGAAACACGCUCUUUGCAUGCCCUAAACUACUGUUGUGAUUGUAACGUAACAUCUUUUGGGAAAUGCAAUUUAUGAAGAGAAUGAAUUGCUAAAACGACUUUUCCCGAAUGAAGCAUUUCAUAAAGACGACAACGUUUGUGCUAAAAUAACGCCUACUGAUGGGCCCGCACGAUUCUUUGAAAAGGCACCCGGCAUAAACAUCACGGAAAGGAGACAGGCACUGAAUUUCGUGAAAUGUCCGUCUUUGUUUAAACGAAACACUGGGGAAGGUAGCAAAAAUAGCGAGUUCCCUGGGUGAUGGGCGUGGGCGGGACGGAGGAAAGGGCGUUAAAAUUGUUCUCACUUAUGACAACAGUCUCUAUUUUUAUUUUUCCAAUACAAAGGCAUGUCGCAAUGUAGCAGAAAUUGAAGUCUUCUCCUCCAGCAGAAAAAGAUCGCAUUGCAGUUAAAUACAGUUUGUCUUCUUCCCCCCUCAUCCUAAUUCCCAUCCGCUCUACUGCGUUUCCUUACAUGAAUCAGAUGAUUGCUUCUAUUGUCAGGGAUAAGAUGUCAGACACCAGCACGACGGACCUGUUGCAUACAACAGGGAGCAGAGAGCGCUGGUGACACCGGUCGAAUGCGAAUGGGUGGCUAUAACCAGUGCUAGAUCAUGUCUGCAAGAGGGAGAGAGAGGGAACAUGAGCGUACUGGCGUCGACUACUUAUAUAUAUAUAUUUGAAAGCAAAUACGUUCUUUAAAACAAAAUAAGAAAACUUCCUUAAGCAAAUGUGCGACGCUCGCUCCACAGAUCGUUUUCAGACCUGACCAAAUAUGCACAGAACAAUCAACAUUUCAAACGUGCUUCAACAUCGAUAUUCAUUUGGCGUUUGCGCCAGUAAACGGCCUCCUAGCGACCUGGGAAAGCAGCGUUGAAAAAUUUUCUAUUUUUUCCAAAGAACGUUUUUGCUUUCAAAUUAUAUUUCUUGGGAUGUCUGCUUUCCAAUAUAUAUCCACUGUAUAAUUAUCGAUAAAGACAAGCGAGAUUGGAUGGGCCAUUUCUGGCUUAUUAGUCGUCAGCCAGUCAUACCCAACCCCGAAGUGUGGAACACCCGUGGCUUGAACUCGCGAUCCGUUAGUUAGAAUUUCACGCCUCCACACUUCGGGGUUCGGUAUGACUGGCUGACGACGGCUAGUAAACCAGAAAUGGCCAUCCCAAUCUCCCUUGUCUUUGUCAGUCAUAACAUACCGCCUAUAUCAUGCCCCGUUGUGCGGCUGCUGGUUGGGCUCAAGAGAGAGCCCGUAUUAUAUUUCUUCAGCUGAUUGCGUACCAAUAUAUAUAUAUAUAUAUACAUACUGGAAGGUAGGCAUCCAAAGAAAUGUAAGUUGAAGGCAGGGGCUUUCUUUGGGAAAAGAUACUUUACUGCGUAAUUGUUCGACGCGUGGGGAACCGUAAGAACGAUUGGUAAACGCCGUCUACCAUAUAUAUACACAGGAAUGGGUGCACACCGAUCUACUCGUUUUUACGAAGCAAACAAGCUCCGUAUUUUUGGUAGGGGUCACGAGCAGGCAAGCAGUUACCAGAUCAAAGUAGGCCAAGUCAUUAUAACACCGGGGAGGUAUGACAGAGUAUGUGGGUAAAGUGAUAUAGUACUGUUUCGGGCUUGGUAAUCCUUUAUUUACCCAACCAUAACCCUGACCAGCAGCUGGGGACAGAAACACAAACAUGCUCACAGACGCACAUGGAGAAUUCGAUCCACCACUGGGUCUACCAGAUGGGUCAUAAGAACUUUAUCGAGGCGAGGCUCUACUUUGCCCAAAGAACCUAUUUGCUUUCAAAUUAUAUUUCUUCAGCUGAUUGCGUACCAAUUUAUAUAUAAACAUAUGCAUACUGGAAGGUAGGCAUCCAAAGAAAUGUAAGUUGAAGGCAGAGGCGUUCCUUGGGAAAAGAUACUUUACUGCGUGAAUUUUCGACGCGUGGGAAACCGGCGUCGCAACAGUAGCAUUCCGAAUGGAAGUUCGUGACCUGGAGAUAUCCAACUUCGAUUCAAAUUUAGACGGAGCAUUUACCUUCAAGGUUACGAUCUGGCUCAUCAUAGGUUACGUUAAGUUAACUCUAAAUCCCCGGUCUGGCGUUUACCAUUGCAGAGAUCGAAUACUUUGGAAUAAUAGUCUUCUGAAAAAAUUUGCUCAGAUGAACAGAUAUUACUUGCCGGGUUAUGUAGGAUGCGGGACCUUCUUCCUCACAUACCCAAUUUAUCGAAUGAUUUAUGUACUUAAACGAUCACCUAAUGCAUCCCAUUUUCAGGUAUUCUGAAUCGCGCGUUAAUAUGUUGUGUUAUUUUUUCAAAUACUUUUCAAUACAACUACUUUAAAGCAAAAUCCUCUCCGCCUCAACGAUUAUCGAGAGCGCCAAAGUAUUCACUAGAAUACUCAGUCGAGACUCGCAGCACAUGUAUUUACAUGCUAAUCAAAGGAAUAUAAGUAGUCACUAUGUUUGUAUAUGUGAGAUUCCCUACAUCGCAUAUCAUUCAAACAGAUGCUAAAAAAAUUGCUUUUUUUAAUUUCAGUUUCCCGGAAGUAUAACACUAAUGGUGGCCCUUACCUACUUUCCAGCGACCAGUCGUCUUACAGUUGGCGUGUUUGAGUGCCAGAAUUUGCCCCUUAAGUCAAACGGAUUUUGCAUUGGUAAGUGACGUUUAACCUUGAAACGUGGCGCAUCUGCGGGUUACUGUGUAAGACAUCUUCUUUUGAGGUGAAAGAAACUAAAAGUUCAGACGUUUUCUUAAGCAGGAUUUGAUGUUGCUGUCAGAAUUUGCAUCUAAACGUAAUGCUAGUCCGACAAAGUUUUGUGGCAGGGUUGACGCGAACUACGCGGUCUAGCUCAGCUCUUGAUGACAAGGGCGACUUUUUGCUUUUCAGAGGCUCGCCUGCUCAUGACGUCUGCAAUUUUGCUUGCAGCCCAUCUGCCUUACGGAGGCAGACAAAUCUUUUUUUGCCCCGUUUAAGCAUAAACACAUGCCAAAAUUAUUUUAGAUCAAAUGACAGGGGCAUUGACGAAUUACCAGUGAGCAUAUUUGUAAAGCAUUCGUCGGGGGUAAGAUCUGCUGCAAAGACCAUGAAUAUAUUUAAAGCUUAACUUCAAAAAGACCUAAAAUUUAUCAAAGUCACUCACUUGUGUAAACCCUAGACCCUUUGGACCAUCAGUGGGAAUUUUAAGAGUGAGCAACCAAACCAAGGAACAUAAUGGCAGCUGAAAUUUGGAAGGGUUAGUGGCGAUACUUAAUGGGCAUCUUAAUGUCCAAUCUGGGGAAAUGGCGUCACAUACAUUUACAAAAUAAACUUCAUGCUUUUCUGAAAAAAAUCAGAUGUGUGCUGGAAGAUGUGCUAACUCAUGAAAUGCCGUCCAGAAUUUCGAAAUGCGUUCACAUUUCGAAAAAAAUAAAUUAAGUAGUGUUGUAAAACUAAUCACGAUGCAGAAUAAAUCUAUAAUGAUACAGUAACGUUAGGGUGUCGGCUUUCGAAAGAAUAUAUUUUUGGCUGCAUGAAAGAUCUACACUCUGCAAAGAAUGACUACUUAAGUUGUAUGCAAUUUUCUCAUUGUUUUUCCAUGCCCUUAAAAAUUCAAUUAUAUUUCAUGGAAAACAUGCAGAAGAAUAUUCAUUCUUUUAUUUGUUCGGUAGGAAAUCACGUCUUCUUCCAAUUUCAUACUCAAAAGAAAAGUACAAUUCGGUCUUAUAAAGUUUCUUAGGUAACAGUCGGGAGAUGGCACACAAAAAAAUCCGCCUAAACAAAGCAGCCUUUCUUACGGGACAGGUGGUAAUAGGGGUUUUAUGUGUGGUGGCUGGUCGGGGUUAGGAUACUAGCCGACGGAAAGCCUUAAUUGAACAGGCGAAUGAUCGAAGUUGGCCCGCUCUCCGUUCCGUUACUACAAAAUGGGUCGCCAAAUCAGUAUAGUGGUAACGGACAAGUGGAAGGCGUAUAAUCGUCUUCCCUCAGAAGGUUAUCUACAUUUCUUAGUUAACCACUCAAUAAACUUCAAGGACCCUACCACCGGACGGCACACCAAUGCUGUUGAAGGAUACCGGAGUAAACUGUAAAGGAAACUCUACGAGGGGGCCCUGCAUGUGGUCGAGCUGUGUGGGCUCACAUAUACGAAGUACAGUAUCGUCUUUGGUUUGACCUCACUGCUAUGUCUUUGAUAGAUACCUGGGAACUGUUCAUGUCCCCUCUUCUGCAGACCUAUCCUACUUAAAAGUGUUUGUGUUAUAUAAUAAACGGGCAUAAUGCGAAUGUAUGCCGCAUAUUCAGGUGUACGUGUGUAGCGAUGAGGAAGGUUGGGUAAGAGCGACCAUCGUCCAUGUAACCUCCUGCGAUGUUCGUUCGGCCAGCCCAUGUUAGGUCGUCGAGGAAAAGUCCAAGUAGUGCGUGAAAGUAGGCCUGCAACCGCCGAUAUAGCCUGAAUGCGUUUGAGUCCACUGUUAAAGGUAUCGUUUCUAGGUAACGGAUUUUUUGGGUGCCAUCUCCCGAUUGUUACCGUUUCUUAUUUUAAGAUUUUUUUUAUACCGUUCAAUGGCCGUUCAUAAAACGUCAUGUAUCUUCAUUUACGAAUAUGGCUUUUAAAGUUAACAAUGUUGCUCAAAUCCACUGCUUAAUUUUAUGAACCUCAUAUGGUCUCCUCUUAACACCAUAGAGAAAUGCAUGCAAUAUUGUUAACUUGUUAGGAUGAGAAGAAAACUGUUAGGAAGAUCCCGCACGUUAUCAACAAUGCGGUCUACUGCGGUCAGCUAGAAAACAUGCCCGGAUACGCAUACACGAACAUCAGUCUGAAGUAAAGUGUCCGGAGUACUUGCCCUGCGUCGCUAUGAAUACAAUGGAAACUAUAUGCAGAUGUGCUUGGAAUAAAACACGCACCGUUGGCGUACGUCCUUACAAAAGACGCGAAUGAUUCCUGCAAGCCAUACACUUUAAUGACUGGCACAUUAACUGACAUGUCGAACUUGACGAUGUGUACACUAAUUUCAAGAAAACAUUAAUAAUACGAAAAUUACAACAAUAUGAACAUCAGCCGGCAUCCAUGGCUCAUUGGCAAGAAUUAAAAAACCAUAUCGCUUUUUCAGGCUGAUUUAAAAUCUGCACUGUUUUACUUAUUUGCUGUAUGUCUGUUAUUGGCCUUAUGGUCAGCAUCGAAACUUUACACAUCUGAGCUUGAUGACAUUCCCAAUGGCCAUUUCUGGCUCGUUUGCAGUCAUCAGCCAAUCCCACCUAACUGCAGAUGUAGAGCGCUCGAGAUUCGGAGUCAAGACCUUUAGUCAUUAGACCUAACACUCUACCCUCGGGCCGCAAAUCCGCUGUCUUGUCAGUUGUAAUCAAAAAUAAUAUUUGCAGUAGGGAAGCCCACACACGUCUAGUUUCGGAGAUAUAAACUAAGACCCUCGAAGUCAGUGGCAUUGCGACUAAUGACUAACGUAGAGGUGGCACCGAUAAAGACGAGCGUAGCAGGAAUGGCUCGCUAGUCGUCACCAGUCAGUCACAUCCGACUCUAGGUGUGGACCACCGUAGAUUCAAACUCGAGAUGCUUGGCCACUGAUUCUGGCAUUCCAUUAUUUAUCCACUGUGUCCACUCUCCUCUCCGCUGUGAUUGAUGAACGUGCCUCCAAAACGGGACAGGUGGUAGAUGCGUUGGACCAACGCGGGGGCCAUAUGGGAUUAUGGCAGGCGCUAUCGAAUUUGCGCACCACAAGAAAAUGCCAACACAUUGGGGUACGGUGGCAGACCCGGUUGCGGGCCGAUUUCACGCACACUGGGAUGCCUGCCGACCACCUCGUGUUGUUGUUAUUGGUCAAGAACCUGGUUAUGUGCUCUGUGGUCCAGGGUGUGGGGAGUGGAAGGCCAAGGUGUGGGUUAGACAGUGUCAUUCACUUGCGCCCUCCCCGCCUACGGUCUGGUUGACCCUGUUAUGACUCAAGCACGACUGGGAGCAGGAGAGCAGAGUGUGGUAGAUGCUGCCCAAGUCUAAUAUCACUAAAACGUAGUUCACACACAAGUCAUCCUCCCUGCUCUCACUGUGACUUAAAGCACACAAUGGACAUCGUCGGCAACGACGGUCAGACUGUCGGUUGAUAAGCGUUCAUCUAUAAUUUAAUAGUAUUCUCGAUGAAAUAAAUGCCAAACUACGCAGUUUUUUCUUUCUUACUAAAUAGCGUGAAACACUAAAUUUCACCGCAUUGGGGAGAUCUAUAAAGCACUGUUUUCAGGUACGAGAAACUACUCAAAAAUAAUUCUUUCAUUUACACAGCUGUAUACGCAAAAGUCGUCGUAUGCAAAGGAAUCCAAGGAAAACUGCAUAAAGCCAAGCGAACCCAACCACUGGAACAGAGGAGGAGUUUUGACGAGUCCUUCACCUUUUCAAAAAUCGAAGACCCCUCAAACAUGAACGUCCGCAUUGUGCUCAUGCAACAAGGCUUUAUUGGUAAGUGUGAACACCGAGAUCCGAGUUAUUCUUGA